AUGUCUCAAGGUUCUUCUUCCAGACAGGCUACCAACACUGUCGAGACAGAUAUUAUCCCUGGAACGGAGUGGAUGAGAGAGAGUGAAGGCAUCCAUUUAACUCACGGAUCCAAUCACGAUAUACAGCUCAUCCCUUGUCCAUCGGAAGAUCCGACUGAUCCCCUGAAUUGGUCCAAGCCAUGGAAGUAUCUAGUGAUUACAACUCAAUUCCUAUUCCUCUUUGUCUCUGUGGAAUCAGCUUUAUCGAUGGGACCAAUGUUCCCCUUAUUUGCAGCCGAGUUCCAGCUCAACGACACCCAACUUAGUCUUUUGACAGGUGCAUGUGUACUAGCUCUCGGAUUUGCCAACUUCAUUAUCGUUCCUUGCUCCAAUAUCUUUGGUCGACGUCUUACGAGUCUUGUCUUCUGUUUGUUAGGCAUUGCUUCGUGUAUAUGGCAAGCUUUGUCUGUGUCUUAUAGCAGCAUGCUGGCUGCACGUAUUGUGAAUGGAAUCGCUACUGCCACUAGUGAAACGCUUCUGGUGCAAGUUGUGGCAGAUAUGCUCUUCCUUCAUGAGAGGGGUCUCUGGACCGGGGUCUAUUUCAUGGGGUACUUUCUAGGACUAUUUAUUGGUCCUAUCAUUUCGGGCAACAUUGGGCAAAGAUAUGGCUGGCGAAGUUUCUUCUGGCUCUCCCUAGCUCUCACCAGUUUCAACUUUAUCACGCUCUUGUGCUGCUUCCCAGAGACCAGGUUUCGUAGAGACACGCAAUCCGAAGGUUCUCGGCUGGAAAUUGAAGGCCCGGAAGCCCACAAUAUCAGCAAAAAAGUAGAAACAGAGCAGCUCGAAAGCAUCGAACAACGCAGCAAUGUCCUAGGCACCGGCCGGCCAUCCAAAUCCCAGUUCAAACUCUGGCAAGCCCCAGAACCAGCAUGGAAGUCAUUCUUGCUACGAGAUAUCAUCUCACCAUUCCGCCUCUUUAUAUUUCCAAUCAUCCUCUGGGCAGGCCUCAAUGUAGCCGGUCCAGCGAACAUUCUCCUAUUCUGGAAUUUGACCGAAUCCGCCGUCUUAAGUGCACCUCCAUACAACUUCUCCCCAUCGAGCGUGGGAUACUCCAACUUCGCCUUUGUUGUUGGUGGUUUGAUUGGCCUUGCUACUGCAGGGCCAUUCUCUGACUGGAUCGCUGUGCGAGCUACAGAAAGGAAUAACGGUAUACGAGAAGCGGAGAUGCGACUUCCAGCUUUGAUUCCCUAUUUCAUGUUUACUGUUGUUGGUAUUGUGGUCGGUGGACUGGGCUAUGAUCGACUUUGGGACUGGCCUGUUGUUCUAGUCGUUGGUUAUGGCUUCAGUGGACUUUGUGUGACGACCGUUCCUACAAUAGCCAUUGCAUACGCUGUUGAUUGCUACAAACCUAUCUCAGGAGAGAUUAUGGUUGUUGCUACUGUGAUUAAAAAUACUUGCGGGUUUGUAAUGAGUUACUGGGUUAUGCCUCUGGCAGCACGGAGGGGUUUCAUGGUGCCUGCUAUGGUGGAAUUUGCGCUGACGAUCGGGCCAAUGGCUUUGGGACUUCCGAUAUAUUUCUUUGGCAAGCGUCUGCGGAUAUUGACUCGCAAUUCCAGUGUACAUGGGUAUGCAGGGUGA